AUGGAGAAGUGCGACCCGAUACCGCCCACCUACAAACCCAAACGUUUUCAUUGGUAUAUCCGUCCAAAAGAUCGUGACAUAUUCGGUGAGGAGAAAAUGCACCCAUCUACUUCUCAAGAUCUCAGCGAUCAGUCCUCUUCGCGCAGCAAUAGAUCGGAUUCUACUGCUGAAUAUCGCUUCUGUCGUGGCGGUGUCUCGGCCAAGUAUCUCUCGAACAUGAUCAUCAUUGCAUUGAUACAGGAGAUCAGCGUUGGUUAG